AUGCCUCCCACGCCGAGUACCAACCACGGGGGAGUCUAUAUCCCACCUCAUCUCAACGCCAAUCAUCCUUCGAAUUCCUCCCGCUCCCUUCCUUUGGGUGAUGUUCGCUACAGCAAAGACCAACUCCUGACAAUCUACCAGACGCUCAAGGACUCUGCCGCUCUUGACCGUAGCCUAGAGGAUAUCUUCCUAGGCUCGUGGGAUCCUCUAGAUGCCAAAAAUAGUCUUUCGAAUCAAGCAGGGCGUGGAGACUCCAAAGACCAAACCCCAGGUCCUGAAGUCUGUUGGAAUUAUACCGUCGAUGCAAAUCCAUUUGGUAUGACAGAUUUGACAGAGGAUGAGAAACAGCUCUUCUCGACCUCCGUCAAUUCUCCGAUCAAGCUGCAACAGAAUACCGCAAAGGAAAGCACGGGAGGUGGAACGAUCGCAGGCCGCAAGGCGUCUUUAUCAGGCUACAGUAGUACUACGCAAGGGUCGAGACCAGGCACCCGACGAAGGGAGACAAGUGAUUCUUUUGCCAGUAACGGACCCUUGUCUCCCGUAGAGCCCAAGACUUUCUUCCGCGGCGAUUCUAACACUGCCACACCACCUCCUGCUCUACUACGCCGUCGUACUGACUAUAAGGACGAAGAAACCACACCACCAUCCAAGGACGACGCCGAAGGAGACGACCCCGCUGACUCGCAGCCACAGUUCCCUGCGUUGCGACGUUCUGCUACGGGACCCUUGAGUGCGGGUUUGCAUCCGCCAUCUGGCUCACCGUGGUCUGCUGGCACACAAGGCGGGGGAUUUGGCUCGAUGGGAAGUUUCGGUAGCUUUGCAAUUGGCUCAGCGACAACCCCAACGGAAACCACAGACAAGAGACCCGGUUUUGGAAGCGCCCGUGGUGGUAGUCGUUUCAAGGACCUUCUAUCGAAGACAAGCUCAGAAGAUAUUGGCCAAAGUAUCAAAGAUAAGACUUCUUUUGGUGCUCUCGAAAAACUUCCUGAGGAGGAUACAGAUGCAGCUCACUUACGGUCACGAGACGGAUUGGCAACACGCCCAGGUCGUAGCGAGACUAAUCCUUACGAAGAAAUCCCAGCUCGAGCCGGGAGUGCUGCUCUCGGUGGUUCCCAAGAAAACGUUCCACCUCAAGGCAUCGAACAAAUGGGCUUCUCUGCUUAUGGACCUCAAUCCAACAUUGGUGCACGAGAUUUUGGCAACGAUGACUCAUACCAGCAGACGCCGCAAGGCCGUUUCAAUCCCCAUGAGCCCAUGAGCCCGACAAAUACAAACCCCUAUCAGAGUCCUCAUGGUCGGUUGGAAGAUGACGAGCAAGACACAAAUGACUCAGCAUCGCAAGCCUCGGCCCUUCCACCAUUUGGCGGCAACCGUAGGAAUGUGUUUCCCAAUCCUGAUGAGAGAGGUCCAGGAUCUGGUCUUCGUGGUGCAGGUGCCUUUGGUAAUAUAGGGUUUGGUAGCCUCGGGGGAGGACCCGCGUGGUCUGCAGCUGGAAUUGGGUCUGGAAAGCCUGCUCUCGAUCGUGGUAUGGGUACAGGUUUUGGUGAUCCAAUAUUCAGUCCCUUGGCCGAUUUACAGUCACCAACCACUGGAGGUCUCGGAGGUGGUUUCUUUGCUUCUGGUGGGUUUGGAUCAGCAGGCCGUGCCAGUCGCCUCGGUGCCAUGUUCCCUCCAGCGAUGCAAGAACAGAUGAGAGGAGACAGCAGAAACGAGAUCCCGUCCGGAUCUUUCGACUCCCGUCCUGAUAGCGCUCAGCAUAUCAGCAGAGAUCCUUUCGACAACACAGGACGCAGAUUGGAAGGUUUUGGUCGUGGGUCGAGCUCAUUUGAAGAAUCACCUCCAGUCCGGACUGUUGAGGACGCAGGAACCUUAGGCCCGGCGGGUGCAUUUGGACCGUCAACAUCAGGCCCACAAACAACUUCCUUACCAACUCCACAAUCAGCUGCGGGCCGCGGUCCACCUGGAGCAGAAGGCUAUCAGUCUGCCCAUGGUCUCAGCCAAUCAAGCGGUAGCAGCUCUUCCAACCAGAUGCCGGCUGCACAACAGCGGCAGAUGGUAAUGCCAGAUCGGAUGCGCUGGAUCUAUCGCGAUCCUCAAGGUAACACGCAGGGCCCAUGGUCAGGCUUAGAGAUGCACGACUGGUUCAAAGCUGGAUUCUUCACGGCAGAAUUGCAGGUGAAAAAGUUGGAGGAUACCGAGUACGAGCCAUUAGCACAACUCGUCCGACGCAUUGGAAACUCCCGCGAGCCUUUUCUGGUGCCGCAAAUCGGGGUUCCUCAUGGGCCUCCAUCUAUAGCACAAGGAAAUCACUGGGCAACCUCAAUGGCCGGGUCAGGAGGUUCUGCACAACCACCCUUUGCAAGCAGCUUCCCAAGUUUCGGAACCACCUUGACCGCAGAACAACAGAAUGCUUUGGAGAGAAGAAAGCAGGAAGAGCAAUUCCUCAUGGCUAGGCAAAAGGAGCAUUUGGCUCAACAGCAGAUGGCCAUGAAGCAUAUGCAAAUUCAGAAUGGGCUCCAUUCUUUGCAGCAUCACUCGAGUGCCCACUCCCUACAAAGCCAGCCAAGCUUUGGUAGCAUCACUUCUCCUACCGGGUAUCAACCAUCGCCAAUGCAAGGUCCAAUCCAACCACCAGCAGCACAACAGCAGCAGCCUGGGCAAUCCUUUGGUCCACCGGGAGGCCCCAACCCUGGACAACCCUUUGGCGGAAAUCGGGACGAUGAUGUACAGGGUAUGAUGGAUAGGCUGAGUUUCAGCCAGCGAGCCAACCUUCCAUAUUCUUCGGCUGGCCCUUUAGGCCCACCACCCGUGGAGGGGGCGCCGACCUCCCAACAGGUCUCGUCCAUGUUACAAGAUAGAGCCCGGCUUCAGCAGCAGCAACAAUCCGACAUUCAAAGCCAUCAGGAAACUUUUUUAGGCCAGCAGGGCCGCAACGACCGGCUGGAAGAGUUCCACACCCUUCGUGGAGAGGUGGACAACCAAGCUGGACGUCUCGGCCCUGAUGAAGCUCUCCCACAGCCAAUUGGAUCUCAUCGCCAGUCCGAAGAACAGAGUACUCAGACUGCACCCUCGAAGCCUCCAGUCCCAACUAGCCAGCCCGUACACAAGGGCGAGCUUGAGAGCCUCUCCUUGGCUCAGCAGGUACAAAUUGCUGCAGCAAGUCAACAAGCAGCUGCAGAAGAGAGUGCAUGGGCUAGAAUUGAUGCUCCCAUUGAACUACCACCCGUUUCUAUUUCUCCGUUGCCAGCACCCGCGGCUCAGCGUAAUCGACAACAUGUUGCUGAUGCUCUCGCAGCUGACUCUAGAUCCGCAACUCAAACUCCGAUCGAAACGCCAACUGUUUCCAUCGCACCUUGGGCCGAACGCACUGCUGAACAUCCAAAAGGGCCAUCCUUGAAAGAGAUCCAAGAGGCAGAGGCGAAGCGAGCGGCCGAGCAAGAAGAAAUUGCCGCUGCAGCACGUCGGGCGCAGGCUGAACAAGAGAGACUAGUUCAAGCCCAAGCUUCAGCCCCAGUUCCAGCACCAGGUCUACCGUUGACUUCUACUUGGGGUGCCUCGUCAUCGCCAGUUGGCGCACAAUCAUCAGUAUGGGGAGCCAAACCAGCACCCGCAAAGCCCGUUCAAGCCGCCAGUGGGACAAGUGCUAAAAAGACACUGGCUCAAAUUCAAAAGGAAGAAGAGUCACGUAAGCAACGGGCGGCUGCCGCAGCUGCUACUUCAGCAGGUGCCCAACAUGCUGCUAGCCCGGUGUCUGCGGCUGUAGGCAAGCGAUAUGCAGAGCUCGCCAGCAAGGCAGCACCGGCAGUCCCGAACACCGCUGGAGGUGCGUGGAUGACAGUUGGCUCAAAUGGCAAGAGCAAAACCCCUGGCACUGGCCCUGCCCCUGCCCCUGUUGUUGCCACACCUCAACCAGCAUCUCGGACUGUGAGUGGUACGCUUGCAAGCGCUGCGAAAGUCAAGCCAACCCUUUCAACACCUCGAACCUCGAACCUGGCUAGUCCAAGCAAGGCCAAUGAGGAGUUCGCUAAAUGGAUCAGGGGGUCACUCGGGAAGGGACUCAACAGCAAUAUCAACCUCGAUAGUUUCGUACAAGAUUUGCUGAUCCUCCCUCCCGAGGUGGAGAUUAUCUCAGACUCGAUCUACGCCAGCUCUCAGACUUUGGAUGGUCGUCGCUUUGCAGAAGAGUUUGUCCGCCGUCGUAAAUUGGCGGAUAAGGGAAUCGUUGAACCGGCGGCGAAUGGUGCACAAGGACUUGGUGCAGACAACAAGAGUGCAGGUGGUUGGAGCGAAGUUGCGAAGAAAGGACCGGCACCAAAGGAAGAGCCCAACUCUGCUUUCAAAGUGGUUGCUACUAAGAAGAAGGGGAAGCGUUGA